AUGAUACACGAUUUGUUAUUGGCUUGCCGGAGCCACAAUCCGGAACAGCUGGGCAUAAAGGCAUUCAAUGAAACCACAGUCAUUGACCAGUUCAUACAUCCUUGCGAGCGGGAGAUAUUUAUGGACAUUAUAAAAAUCAUUAAGGUUUACCAAGAAGUUGAGCAGUUUACCCAUUCAUCGGGAAGGAAGUCCGACACACCUGACGAACUUCCAGGUAUAAAUGGAAGCUUGCAUCGUUUACAUGGUUACUACAUGCUCAAUUUGGCCAAGGGCAUUGAAAUGGCUCUGGAGGAUUACUACGCGGAGAUCGGGCGUCUGGAGAGGUAUUGCUUGGGUAACGAGCGCAACUCGCUCUCAUAUGUCUACUAUGCCUUGUACGCCAAGUUUCCCCUUCUGGUGUUCAUGCGUAAUCUAAUCACAGAGAUCAGUGUGCUGAAACUGCGAGGAUGCGUCUUGCUCCACAAUCUACAUCAGCAGUGCGAGCACGGCGACAUUCAACUGGAAAAAGCAAUCAAGAUAAUUAUGAAGCCUGUUAAGAACGCAUUUUUCUCCAGCCUGGCUCACUGGCUGUUGUUUGGAGUGAUCGAUGAUGUCCACUCGGAAUUCUUUAUUAAGUUCAACCCAACGGAUGCAGUUGAUGGUGGCUCAUUCAGCAAAUCAGCCACUGGCUCACUUCUGAGCGCAGAGAAAAACCCCGAGGACUACAUAUGGCAAUACGAGGUGAAUAUGUCUCAGCUGCCAGGAUUUCUCUCCAUCGUCUUAGCCGAAAAAGUUCUGUUCGUGGGACAAACAGUGCUGGUCUUUAAAAUGGGGCGCAACGUAAAAGUUAAAAACAAAACCAACCCACUGGCGGCAAAACUGGCUGAGUUGGAUUCGGAUGAUAUCUACGAGCUGUGGAGCGGCAGGGAGUCCGAGUUCUUCAAAAUGGUCGUUGAUCUGAGCAACGAGGACACCAUCAAUGUGUUUCGCCUCGAGAAGGUUAUUAAAGAUAUCAAGAAUUACGUUAGCGCCCGGCUGUCGGAGAUCGCUGUGAACGAAGUGGAUCUGGAGCGGCAAAUGGGAUUGAUUAAGGACUUCUUUUUGCUGGGCAGGGGAGAGUUCUACUUGGAGUUCUGCUCGCAAAUGGUCGGUACCAUGGAAACUUAUCGUGAAGAACGUUUUAAAAACGUCACUAGAUCAUUUGAGCUGGCAGCUACUAUCACGGGAAUCUCAGAUGACUUGGAAAAGUUUUCACUGAUCUGCCAGAGAAGCACUACUGAACCAGACGAUACCUCCGACUUCAAUUUUCUGCAAGGCCUCAGUUUAAAGUAUGAGUAUGAGUGGCCAUUGAAUCUUUUGUUCUCCCCAACAACGAUCGAGCGGUACAACAAUAUAUUCAGGUUUUUACUGAUUAUUCGAACGUAUCAAUACGAAAUACAAAGGGUCUGGGCCAAGCAGACUUGGAGGGCGAAGAAUGCGAAGGAGCCUUCAAAUAACAAAAUCAUAACUCUUCGCAACUAUCUAAUGUUCUUUCUGAACAACAUGCAGUAUUACAUUCAAGUUGAUGUGCUGGAAAAUCAAUUUGGAAUUUUGAUGAAUGUGAUCAAGAGCAAAAGUGAUUUCGAAGUUAUACAAAGGGCUCACACUGUAUUUCUGGCAAAUGUUCUUUCCCAUUGCUUCCUGCUUAACGAAUCAGAGAACCAAUUGAAUGUCACCGGGAGCCAAAACCGAAAUCCCAUUUAUGGAACCCUUCUUAAACUCUUCGUCAUAUGUGAGAAGUUUACGCAAAUGAUCCAAACGAAAGAUCCGUCUGAUGACUUAGAGGAUGAAGUCGAUCAACUUAAUGAAAGUUUUGGUGUUCAAAUUGCGAGCCUUAUCCAACUAUUAGUCGAUGUAAAAUCAGCAUCUUCCUUGGGUCCGCUUUCGCAGCUGCUUUUGCGUUUGGAUUUCAAUUGUUGGUUCAGUGCCAGUCAUAAUACGUCCGCAUGAAUACAAUGUUUUUGCCUAAAGUUGUAGCCGCUUAAUGUCUUCUAUACGAAAGUCAUUUCUGAAAAAACACAAUCGUACGAUCAAUAAAAGGGAAGAAAAUGUUAUAUUUUA